AGACACACACAGCCAAGCGUAGGAUAAUCACUCCCUAAUUUAGGUAUAUCACUCACAAGAGCUUCACAGAAUGAGUUACCCACUAUCGAGAGGGAUUUUUGCGCUACGCUUGUUUGUUGUAAGUUUCGGGUGAGGAGUGAGAGGCUCCACAAGUGUGGUGUGGAGUGGUGGGCGUGGGUGGUGGUGGUUGGUGGGGUGCGCGCCGCUAACCACCUUCAGUGUGCAGUGCGCUGGCCUUAGUUGCGGAACUUCGCUGCCCUUCUUCCGUGCCGUGUGUGUGAGUGUGGUGUAGUGUGGUACAGUUGUGGCGCUGCCACUGUGGUGUGUGGUGGAGGUCGGCAGGACCGUAUAGCGUGGUCGGUGAGGAGUGGUAGCCGACACCGCAACCAUGGGCUGUGCCAUGUCUGCGGAGGAGCGCGCCGCGCAGGCCCGCAGCAAACAGAUCGAGAAGAACUUGAAGGAGGACGGCAUCCAGGCAGCGAAAGACAUCAAACUGCUGCUGCUGGGCGCGGGAGAAUCCGGCAAGAGCACCAUCGUAAAACAGAUGAAGAUCAUCCACGAGUCCGGGUUCACGAGCGAGGACUUCAAGCAGUACCGGCCGGUGGUGUACUCCAACACCAUACAAUCCCUGGUGGCCAUCCUGCGGGCCAUGCCCAACCUGGGCAUCUCCUUCGGCAACAAUGAGAGGGAGCCGGAUGCCAAGAUGGUCUUUGACGUAAUCUCUCGGAUGGAAGACACGGAGCCCUUCUCUGAGGAGCUCCUGUCGGCGAUGAAGCGGCUGUGGGCCGACACGGGCGUCCAGGAGUGCUUCGGCCGCUCAAACGAGUACCAGUUGAACGACUCUGCUAAGUACUUCCUUGACGACCUUGACCGCCUGGGGGCCAAGGAAUACCAGCCCACCGAACAAGACAUUCUCCGGACCCGUGUCAAGACCACUGGCAUCGUCGAGGUUCACUUCUCCUUCAAAAAUCUCAACUUCAAACUGUUUGAUGUUGGAGGACAGCGCUCGGAACGUAAAAAAUGGAUUCAUUGUUUUGAGGAUGUUACAGCCAUCAUCUUCUGUGUAGCCAUGUCAGAAUAUGACCAAGUUUUACAUGAGGAUGAAACUACUAAUCGAAUGCAGGAGUCCUUGAAACUUUUUGAUUCUAUCUGCAACAACAAAUGGUUUGGGGACACCUCUAUCAUCCUUUUUCUCAACAAGAAAGAUUUAUUUGAAGAAAAGAUCAAGAGGUCACCGUUAACUAUUUGCUUCCCUGAAUAUACUGGGUCUAUGGAAUACACUGAAGCAUCAGCAUACAUCCAAGCCCAAUUUGAAGCAAAAAACAAAUCGACAAACAAAGAAAUUUAUUGCCACAUGACAUGUGCUACUGAUACCACUAACAUCCAGUUUGUGUUUGAUGCAGUGACAGAUGUAAUAAUUGCUAACAAUCUCCGUGGUUGUGGUUUGUACUGAUGUGUUCAUUGUGAGAAUCAUCCAGGAUCUCUGAAUUUGUGGCUAUUUGUUGAUUGUAUUGGCUUCAUAACUCCAGUUUAGGGUAUUGUUUGGGGGAAUAAUAUUUUGUAAUUAUUUUGAGCAAGAUCAAUGUUACUCUAGCACAGGUCGUGGUGAGCUAAGCUGAGUAUGUAGGAUCCAUGUUUUUAAGAAAUUAGGUUAUUGAGCAAAAAGAUACAAGGUGGACAAGUUUUUGCACAUUUCUAAUAUUUUGAUAAGGCCUAUGUUCUAUGUUUUAAAUAGGAAAAUAGGCUCUAUUGAAACGCUGCAAUGAUUACUUGUAAACAGAUCUUGUGACAGCUUUUAUGCUGAUAAAAGUAACAAAUAAAUUCAUCGAAUUUAACAUUUGUUGAACUUCGGGUACGUUCUUACCCAUCACAUUUCCCACUUUGAAAUGCUGUAAUUUUUAAUUUAAAUGUUUAACAAAACUGAUAAUGUCAGCAGAAAUUUAAAUAUUAAACAAAUAUAAAUUUACAUAUUGUAUUAGACAUUAGACAUAUUUUUUAAAUGAUUGUUCAUGAGAACCAUGAUAACAUGGAAAUUCUUUUAGUGUAAAAUAUACGUAUACAAAAAUAGAGUACUAUAUAGGUCUCAUAAUUGGCAUUUGUACUCUAGAUUUAUUACAUAUAAUGUAGUCCAAUUGGUUAAGAAUUCCAUUUACAGUACAUUUCUUGACUUUCUCUGUAUAAAGUAGCAUAUCAAGUACUGUACAGUACAUUUUACGAAGACCUUAUGGUGAGAUAUCAAUUUUUUUGACGACUUUUAUGAUGCAAUUUUUCUGUGUAAUGACAAAUACUAACUCGAGCUCAAAGGGAGAAGCUAAAGAUUUGCUGUUAGUCUUAUCUGGAUCUUGCAAUUAUCUAUUGUUUUAUCUGGAUGUAACAAUUAUCUAUUGUCUUAUCUGGAUCUUGCAAUUAUCUAUUGUCUUAUCUGGAUCUAACAAUUAUCUAUUGUCCUACCUGGAUCUUACAAUUAUAUAUUGUUAUAUAUAUGUUUGGCUUAUAAAAUCAUGAGCCUUAUAAGUAUAUAAUAAGUUUUAGCAAGUGCUAGUCAUUGUUUUUAAAUAUUGAGACAUAGUGUGACUAAAGAGAAAUAUCAAAUUAAAAAACAUUUAUUGCCCAGUUUUAACCAUAAUAGUUACUGUACAGAAAAAUGUACAAUGUUUCAGUUGAUAUAGGCACCACAUAAUUAAAUAUUUUAUGUUUUUUAAUCUUUUCUUGGAAGAUAUGAUUAUAGAUAAUUGUAAUUUUCGGGACAGACAUACAAAGUGUGAUAACAAAUAUUCAAUAUAAUAUAAGUAUAUACAGUAAUAACAAAAAUAAAGAAGCAAAUACUCA